AUGCAUACUCUUGUGUUCGCAUUGUUUUCAAUCAAUGUUCUUGUCAGCUCUAUUAGCAUUCCAUUCAUUGAUAAUGCGGUACUUGUUCCAGUUUCAAUUUCAACUAGUACCAUCAUCCAAAAUCUGACAUGUGACCAAUGCUUGUGUAAUGCGACAAGUUCGCAAUUAGCUGUAAACUGUUUUCCGAACGAUACAUGUCAAAUGUUUACCAAUGUUCCUCGUACCUAUACUAUUGAAACGGUGGCGAAUGGUCGCCUGUACUUUCCUCAACAGAUAUUACCCAAUGCAAGUCAAUGUUGUAUGCCUGAUCUGGAUGAGGUAUUGAGCAAACUUCAAAAUGCUACGUCGAUCUACGUUAGUAUAAAUAAUUCUCGUUGUCUUGCAUUCGAUAAUCAAGGACAUGUGGCUUCGAUCGAUAGCGCGGCUAAACUUUUAAAAAUUUUCAAUGCUACAAAUUUGGCGCUUACCCUUCAAAGUUCAAGUUUAAGUACAUCCAGCCUUACUAACAUGGCAUAUUAUGAUGGAAAUUAUUAUGUCGGAACUUCUGCAAACACUAUUCUUAUCAUCAAUGGCACCAAUCUAACUAUCAUUAAUACUAUCAACUCGUCGAGUCUCAGUGGACCACGUGACAUGACCUUCAUGGACAAUGGAUCUAUCAUGAUUGCAGCAUCCACUGGUAAUAACAAGUUAUUGAUCUUCAAUAGAACAAGUGUUGCACCAUUAAGUUACUCAUUUGCUUAUCAAUUACCUGUCAGCUAUGCAUAUCCACAUGGUUUCUUGCGAAUAAAUGAUAGUUUCCUUUAUGUGACAUCAUGGUUCAAUAACACUGUCUAUUCUUAUAAUGCACUAAAUCUUUACAAUAUGUCAUGGACUGAGACGUUCGAUUUCAGCGCGAUACCAGUAGCGCCACCAAGUAAUGGUAACCAUAUUCAGAUUGAUGAAUGUGAUCGACGUUGGUUUUCCUUGGGAAACUACGGUAUUAAAAUAUUUAAUAGUUCUGGCAGUCCAAUUGGAAGUUUCACUCUGGCGAAUUUAUCAGUUUUUGACUCAUUGCUUACGGAUAACUACGUCAUAUACUUGUCGGAUACAUCAUCUAAAAGAAUCAUUCGUAUUGAUCCCAAUAUGGAUUGUCAAUAUUAG